GUACCUGCAGCUCUACCCGCCAAAGCGCUGCCGCGCCCGCCGCGCCCGCUGUGGUCGCGCAGGUAUCCCCGGCGUCGCUCCAGCUUGCUCCAGCUUACUACUGCUAGUACUACUAGUAGUAGUAGGCUGCGGGACAUAGAUGGCCCGGCGCAGCGUCCAGUUCGCGACCAGCUCCAGCGCCAGGCAUCCGUCACCAGACCACGCCUCUGCUCGCGCCAGACCCAAACUUUGUCUGCCAAACAUCAUCAUCCAGGCGCAAACGGAGCCGCGACGCCAUCAUUGCGCAGAAUCGACACAAAAACAGGUCUGGCCGAGCCUCGUACCUGGUUGCCCGCCGUGCCUGUCGCUUGA